UACUGGCAUGUAGGCUGUUACGAGGCAGACGGACAUCCAACAUGGCCGCGUCGAGCAACGCAGAGAAAACGCAUCUGCAAGACAUGGAGGAGGGAGCUGCGGAGAUGGAGGAGAGGGAUAGAGACUCGGACGAAGGAGAAGAGGAGGCCAUGGGAUUAGAUAUUUCAGAGGAUGAAGAGGACAAUUCGUCGGAAGACGAAAAAGAAAAUGAAGCGGAGAUCCAGCGGUUGGAGGAGCAGCUUUCAAUCAAUGCUUUUGACUACAACUGCCACGUUGAUCUCAUCAAACUACUGAAGCAAGAGGGAGAACUUGUACGUCUGCGAAAGGCAAGGGAGAAAAUGAGUGAACUUUUCCCGCUCACUGAAGAGAUCUGGCUAGAUUGGCUCAAGGAUGAAAUCCGUCUGACUGAAGAGGAGCCAAACCGGGAGAAAGUAUAUGAACUUUUUGAGACAGCUGUAAAUGACUAUAUCUGUCCAGAAAUCUGGCUGGAAUUUGCUCAGUAUUCAAUUGGUGGCAUGGGCUCACCAGGUGGGAUGGACAAAGUGAGGUCUAUUUUUGAAAGAGCUGUGACGGCUGUGGGACUCCACAUGACCAAGGGGCAGACCGUGUGGGAAGCGUACAGAGAGUUUGAGAACGCCAUUCUUUCCACAGUACAGCCUCCCCCCGGAAGGAUUCCUACUCGCGAGGAGCAGGACCUGCUGAAAACUCAGAUUGAGCGUAUCCACACGCUGUUUCGUCGGCAGCUGGCCGUCCCGUUAAUGGACAUGGAAGCCACCUAUGCCGAGUAUGAAGAGUGGUCUGAGCAUGGCGUGGCUGAGACGGUCAUGCAGCAGUACAAAAAGGCUUUGGAGCAACUGGCCAAGUACAAAUCUUAUGAAGAAGCACUGAUGGCAGCAGAACCUCCUAAGCUGGCAGAGUAUCAGUCCUACAUUGACUUUGAGCUAAAGGAGGGCGACCCUGCACGGAUCCAGAUCACCUUUGAGCGGACUCUGGCAGAAAACUGCCUUGUGCCAGACAUGUGGGCCAAAUAUGCGACAUAUCUUGACCGUCAGCUGAAGAUCAAAGACAUAGUUCUCUCUUCUCAUGAACGCGCUGUCAGGAACUGCCCCUGGACGAUGGGUCUGUGGAGGAGCUACCUGCUAGCUCUGGAGCGGCACGGAGCGGACCAUCAGACCGUCUCCGAUGUUUUUGAAAAGGCACUGAGUGCUGGUUUCAUUCAAGCAACGGAUUAUGUGGAAAUUUGGCAGUCAUACCUCGAUUACCUGAGGCGACGCGUGGAUUUUAGCAAAGAAUCAAGUAAAGAAUUAGAGGAGCUACGAGGAGCAUUCUCUCGAUCAUUGGACUACAUGAAACAAGAUGUCGAAGAAAGGUUUGGUGAAAGUGGAGAUCCUUCUUGUAUCAUAAUGCAGAUCUGGGCGAGGAUAGAGGCCCUGCAUUGCAAGAACAUUCAGAAAGCCAGAGAACUGUGGGACAGUAUCAUGACAAAGGGGAACGCUAAGUAUGCCAACAUGUGGCUGGAAUACUACAACCUUGAAAGGUCUUAUGGGGACACUGUUCACUGUCGGAAAGCUCUCCACAGAGCAGUUCAGUGCACCUCAGACUACCCUGAGCAUGUGAGUGAAGUCCUGCUCACAUUUGAGAGGGUUGAAGGUUCUCUGGAGGACUGGGACGUGGCUGUGCAGAAGACAGAGACUCGGCUGAACAGGAUCAACACGCAACGAGCAAAGGCAGCUGAGAAAGAGGCCAACGCGGCUCGCCAAGAGGAGGAGAGAGCUGAUCAGCGGCGAAGGACCAAGGUCGAGAAGAAGGGUCAGAAGAAAUCCCCGAAAGGAACUCGAGCUGGGGAGAAGAGAAAAGCCGAGCAGGAUGAUUAUCACAAUGAGUGGAAUAACAGCUCUGCAGAACACGGUACUAAAAGGCACAGAGGAAAUGGCGACCAAACCACAGAGGAGCACAUGGAGACCGAGACGGGGCUCUUUGGGAAGAAGGCUCCCCCCGGCUAUAAGCGCCCUCCUCCCGGCGAUAAAAGGGCCCAGCAAGGAGGAGCGGCCGCUGCCCAGAAGCAGAGCAACGACGACGACAAGCCAGAGCUCCGCAACGACAACAGCAGCGUAUUCAUCAGCAACCUGGCGUACACGCUGGAGGAGCCCGAAGCAAAGCUGAGGACGCUGUUUGAGACCUGUGGUCCCAUCGAACAGGUUCGCCCAGUCUUUGCCACCAAAGGGACCUUUAAAGGCUACUGCUAUGUGCAGUUUGAGUCCACAGUGUCCGUCGCUGAAGCCUUGAAGCUGGACCGGCGGGAGGUGGAGGGCAGGCCCAUGUUUGUGUCACCGUGUGUAGACAAAAACAAGAACCCUGACUUUAAGGUGUUUAAGUACAACAAUUCCAUGGAGAAACAAAAGAUCUUCAUCUCUGGGCUGCCAUUCUCGUGCACCAAAGAACAACUGGAGGAAAUCUGCAAAGGUCACGGCACCAUCAAAGAUAUUCGUCUGGUCACGUAUCGCUCAGGAAAACCCAAGGGUCUGGCAUAUGUGGAGUUUGCAGAUGAGGCCCAGGCUUCUCAUGCUGUUCUGAAAAUGGACGGCAUGUGCGUAGAGGACAACAAGAUUUCCGUUGCCAUAAGUAACCCUCCUCGCAGAAACACGAUGGAUAAAGCUGGUUCCAGCAGGCUGGCCAUGGACAUGCCUCGCCAGGUCUUUGGAUCGAGAGGAAGAGGUCGCACCCAGCUCUCGCUGCUCCCUCGUUCCCUGCAUCGACAAAGUGCCCCGGGGGUCCAAGCAGAGAACGGAGCUGCGGCGGCAGAGAAUGCAGCUGGAGAGACGAAACCGUUGUCAAACUCAGACUUUGCCAAGAUGCUUCUCAGCAAGUGAGAAAGACAGAGAAACGCCAUUGUGUGUCCUUACAAAUGAGUGUUUACUUUUCUGUAACUGGGUUCCCGGCCUCCCUUUAAUCUCAAGUCUUGUUCUUAUCUGCCGCUGUACAAGAUUUGCCUUAAUCGCCGAACUCUCGCCAUCGGAAAGUGUUUUCAAACGAGACUUUUCAGCUGUGUGACAUUGUUUUUGUUUAGUGUUUGGUUUUUUUGGUGCAUUUUUUAUUAAAACAAGUGUAUAAUAUUUGUGUGUAAAUAGACUAAAAUUGUUGCAAGGGUUUU